GCGGAGGACCACAGAGGUGUAAGGGGAGAAGGAGAAAGGAAACGAGGGGGAAGCAGCAAACUCACGGGGCCACGGUGACCGGCAGGCGGCAUCCACAGCUGUCCACGCCGGAGCAUGGGCUGUCCACCAGCCCAACACAGGUAAAGAAAAGGGGCGCGAUUGCCAGGCCCGGAGAGAGGAGAGUAAAGCCCCAUCAGGACUGGGCGGCUCCCCGUUUGUGGAAUCGGGGACUGCGAGGCAGGGGAAGGAGCACUGCCGCGGCCCCGCUGCGCUGAGGAAGGAGGCCAUCAAAGCCGAAUCCGAACUUGAAUUCUGUGCGGCUGAUUGCGGAGCUGGUAGGCCAACGAUUUCCCGGAAUGGGGUGUGGGGAAGUCGCUUUGGCUUGUAUUCACAAGGUGGGAGAGGGAAUUUUCCGUCUGGCUACAGCGGAGGAGGGGUCGAGGGAGCAGGAUGAGGGGUGAGACUGCUUCUUCCCUUCCCUUCCCUGCCCUCCGUGAUGGUCCUGAGGACUGGGAUCUGCAACCUCAUAUGGACAGAGGUAGACCUACCUCGGAAUCGAGCUUUCUCACGGAGGCACCUGUUGCAGAGACUGAACGUGAAAUGAAGGCGCGCACUUGUUUCUGAGCUCAUAUAAGAAUCUUGAUAAAUAACAGGGCAAACUUUGAGAAGGGAAUGUGGUUGAGACGUGAGACCAUGAAUUUAAUGGAGAUCUUACUUGCUACCACAAAUCUGUGAGACUUAGACCAUUGCACUCUAUUUUGAGAGCCCAAUAUCGGCUCCACAAACUGACUAUUUCACCUAGAAUUCUAAGCAACAGUUGCUCUCCCACCUGGAGGCCUGGCAGGAGGGGAUGGUUGUAGCUCUGAAAAGCACUCUGCUAGCACGGGGACACCCAUUAGCUCCUGAAGGUUGUAAUUGCCGGUUUCCUGCAGGAUAUUUUCCAGGCAGUGGACAAAUGGAAAAUGUACCUCAGGGCGUUCAGGAAGGUAAAGAAAGCGACCGCAGACUGCUUUCCUGCAGUCUACUACCUUACUGACCUUUCCCACCCCCUUUUCUUUACAGUUCCUACUGAGAUAGAAGGAAGGCAGAGCCCAGAAACUUUGCUUUGGGGAUUUCUCCUGCAGAUUAGGCUUUUCUAAAAAGCCUGAGCAUUUUGUUAUAUUCAGAUAGACGAUCAUCGUCCAUCAUGGCUAGCAUCAUUGCACGUGUGGGUAAUAGCCGGCGGCAGAACACACCCUUGCCACCUUGGGCCCAUUCCAUAUUGAAGUCCCUAGGGAGGAGUCUUGGUCCUUUAAGGGUCAAUAUGGCAGAAAGAAACAUGAAGUUGUUCUCGGGGAGGGUGGUGCCAGCCCAAGGGGAAGAAACCUUUGAAAACUGGCUGAUCCAAGUCAAUGGGGCCCUGCCAGAUUGGAAUAUGUCUGAGGAGGAAAAACUCAAGCGCUUGAUGAAAACCCUUAGGGGCCCCACGCGGGAGGUCAUGCGUUUGCUGCAGGCGGCCAACCCCAACCUAAGUGUGGCAGAUUUCUUGCGCACCAUGAAAUUGGUGUUUGGGGAUUCUGAAAGCAGUGUCACUGCCCAUGGUAAAUUUUUUAACACUUUGCAGGCACAAGGGGAGAAAACCUGCCUUUAUGUGAUCCAUUUAGAGAUGCAGCUCCAGAAUGCUAUUCAGGCAGGGAUCAUAGCUGAGAAAGAUACAAACCAGACUCGCCUGCAUCAGCUCCUUUUAGGGGCUGAGUUGAAUGGGGACCUGCGCUUCAGGCUGAAGCAUCUUCUCAGGAUGUAUGCAAAUGAUCUGGAGCGGCUUCCCAAUUUCCUGGAGUUAAUCAAGAUGAUAAGGGAGGAAGAGGAUUGGGAUGACACUUUUAUGAAACGGAAGCGGCCCAAAAGAUCUGAGCUAAUCAUGGAGAGGGCAGCAAGCCCUGUGGCACUUCAGGGCUCCCAGCCAAUAGCCAUCAGCACUGCUGAUUGCGACGUGAUAGAGGUAGAUGAUACCCUCAAUGACUCAGAUGAGUAUGUGAUCCUGGUGGAGUCUCAGAACCCUCCACUUACAUCCAUAGGUGCCCCUCCCCUCAGAGUCAGGGCCAGACUUCAGACUCAAAUACUGGUCAUCAAUUCCCUAAACAGUUCUCAGGCUCAAUCUCCUUCUACCAGUGGUGGUUCUGCAUAUAAGAAUGAUGGUCCUGGAGAUAUACGUAGAGGCAGGAAGAGAAAAUAUACAGUCCGCUGUUCAUACUGUGGUGAAGAGGGCCACUCAAAGGAAACCUGUGACAAUGAGAGCAACAAGGUCCAGCUGUUUGAGAAUGUGAUCAUCACCCUGCAGGAUCUGACACAUACAGAGGAGAAGAAGUCGAAAGAGGUCCCUGGUGAACACAGUGACCUCUCUGAGCCACAAUAAGGAGCUAGAUCCUGCCCUAAGUGAACCCUUAACUGUAUUCAGAGACUGGUGAUGGGGAAAACAGGGGAGGGGGUGGGGGAGGAUUCUAGGUGCAUGAAUUAAUCCACAAAGUGACUUUCAUUGGGGAAGAAGAGGUUGUGAAUACCAGCAAAAUGGAGAGGACAGCCUGACCUCUGUCCCUGCUCCCCCCUCCAUCUGCCUAAGGAUCUAUUCUGUGUGUGUGUCUAUUUCCUUGAUGACUUUAUUCUUUUUGUGAAAGGAGUAUAAGUCAUUGUUAAACCUUCAAAAAAUGAAUGAAAAUACAAAACUAAAGUAAAAAUUACCUGAAACUCUCCAUCCUUGUAUAACCAUUGUCAGUCCUUGGAUAAAUGUCCUUCUCGAUAUUUCCCUAUUCCUGUGUACCAAGAUAGAUAAUAGAUAAAAGUGAUCAAAUGUAAGUGCUUUUCUAUUCUGUGUAUUUUUUCACCAAACUAUGU